AGCCCCCAGCCUCCCCUCAGAGGAGAGAAUGGCUCACUAGUGAGCUCUUGGUUGGUAUUUCUGAGUGAGCUUGAACAUGCCAACUGUAAAGCUCACUUAUGAAGUCUCUCGCUGUGGCCAGGGAGCUCCCAGGAUGGUGACAGGCACAUUGAAGUGUUUUCUGUCUUGUUCUUUUAUCAUGAAUAAUGUAUAGUGUUUCCCCAGAUGUGUUCCAUGGCGUGUGUGGUUCUGCAGGACAUUGAUGAGAAUUAGGCGUGGAUCUAAUACAGACUAACUCUUUCUCACACAACAGCUCAGAAGACUGGCACUCCCCGCAACUCACUUUGGGAGAGUCUCACCUAGCAAACAGCACAGAGCCUAGCACAGCGUGCUGUGCCCGAGCAGGACACUGGGCCCUAAAAUAAAAUUGGUCCAGAAAGUUUGCUUGGUGAAGACUUAUCAGGAGGAUUGCAGGGUCACUGAAACGGACUUAGGACCGUCCUAAUGCUUCCUACCUGCUUCCGCUUUUAAUUUGUCUCCAUCUAGGGCAGUGUGCUUCAGACAGGUUUGAGACCCAUUACUGAAUUGUGAAAUCUCCAUCACAAAUAGCACUUUUUAUUUCCUAAAUUAUUUUGAGAUCAUUGUAAAUUCACAUACAGUUGUGAGAAAUAAUAGAGAUCCUGUAUACUCUUCACCCACUUUCCCCCAGGGUGAAAAUCUGCCAUAGCUGUAGUACGGUGUCACAGCCAGGAAACCGACGUCCACACAGUCUUGGCCUUGCUCAGAUGUCGCCAGUUUCAUGUGCACUCGUCUGUGUGUGUGUGUUGUGUAUUUCUGCGCAUUUUAAUCACAUGUAACUUCAUCGCCAGCAUUUUUAAAGAGUGUAGACUAGAUCGGUCGGAGUGCAUCACACCUAGUAAGGGUGAGUACUGAUUUUGAAAUGUGUUUUGGUUCUAUGCGCACAUCUUGACUGGAGUGUAAAAGUCUCUUUUUACUGUGGGUCACAGUCAAGAAGUUUGAAAGCCACAGGUCAUUCAGGCAUCCAGACUUCAUUUUACUUGACUUGAAUGGGCUCUUGGCUCAGGAUGCAGUUACGUGCCCAUCUCCCCAGCAAACGUGUUCUGGAGAGUGCUGUCCCCUUGUUGAGUGAGGCUGACCCUGUGGCCCCUGGUUGAAAGAGUUCACCAAGCUGAGUCUGCCCAGCGUUUUCCUGGGACGUGGCCCCUGUCACCUACUUCUGGUAGGUGGAAAACCUGGCUAAAUUAGAUUUAUCGAGAGGUGGUGACGUGUAUAUUCUGUACCCCAUGAGCUAGUAUUGAAGGGGUUUGCAAGGGUAGUGCUGACUAGAAGCAGUGUUUGCUUUCUCGCUGACUUUAGAACUUGACUCCUGAGUAACUUGGAAUUCACUGCGCUCUUUCGCCAGUAGUGGGGGUCAGAUUUCUGAGAAGUGCUGUAGAAUGGCAACACCAAGGUUGCUUAGAAAAUAUGGAGUUAGAAAAACAGAGAGACAUUAAAUAUUAGAGCAGUAGAUGCUAAGGCAGUAUCUUACUUCCAAGACUAUUUGUCAGCAUAAAAAGUCCAUGCUGGAGAAAACCCUCUCCAGACUCGUUCCUUUGUCUUCACCUGUUUCCAGAACACACUUGGUGUUGGAGUGGGUCUACUCUCAAAGACCUUCCUUCCAUCCCCUUCGUGGGCAAAGGCCCACAGGAUUGUGGGAGGAGGGAGGGCUCAAGAUGAGGGUCGAGCACUCAGGGGAUGUGGGCUGGGGAAAAAGUGUGAUCUUGUCUCCGUGACCACUAAUCGGCUCACAUGCCCAAAGGUCCACACCUGGGAUGUGUAGGCGACUGGAUGUGAGGUCUAUAGGUGGGAAACUGCUUUGAAGACAGAUCUGGGUUUGAAUCCAGGUUCCACCGUUUAAUAGCUGUGUGACAGCAGAUUUCUUCAUCAGAGCCCGGUAGCCUCAUCUCUACUUGAACAUACCACCGCCUAUCUCACAGGGCGUUUAACAGGGAACCAGGACAGAUAAGUGCCUAUCACAUCGUAGGCAUUUAUAAUACCUGUAAUUAUAACUGAUAAUGCCAUCUAAUAAAUCGUAGUUCCAUUCCUAUACUCGAGAGGAUCAGAAGUGGCAGACCUGCUGAGGAAGCGAAGUCCAGUGUAAGCCAAGGUCAUUCUGUCUUGGGGUUUUCCAGGUCCUGCCCAAGACAGUUGGUAUUUUUCCCUGCUUGGGUGGCCUUUAAACUGCAGGGGCCUGAGGAAGGUAUUGGGAAUCUCGUAUCUGGAUAGAGUGGGACCUGGACAAGCUAACCAACUAGGAGCUUGGUGGAAAAGGAAAUCUGACUUAACAGGAAGUAGGAGGGUGGGAUCAGAGAGCAGGAAGUUGAAACCAGGAGAAGGAAGUAGCGCUGCCAGCUGCAUCAGCCCUCAUGGGCAGCCCGCACUCGGCAGUUGCCAUUUCUGCUCCCUUCAAUCUCAUUCGAAGUAGGCCUGAUGGACCCUUGCCCCAAGCCUGCGUCUAUUCCAGAGGCUAUUUUGAGUUCAAGCAAUGCUGCCCCCUUCUGGGAUUGCUAGAGACACUGCAAUUUCUGUGGCUCCUAGGGAGACCUGGAGAAUCUGGUGGUUUAGCCCCAACAGGAAGAACUAAGGCUGCUUCUGCUCCUAUAGCUGAAUUAGGGCUCCUGAGGCCAGGAUCCUGGCCAGUCACAGUCACAGGACUGUGCCCAGAGCCCUUCAAAGCCUCUCAAGGGCUCAUGUGCUCUUGCCUACGAGGAGUGAAGAGUGUUGAACAGCAGCUCAAGGAGGCCAACCAGCAUCCAAGAAGCCCCAGCGCCCUGCUGCCUCUGCUCAUCCAGUUGGUACCCCCAGCCUCUGCAUCAGACCCCGAGGUUCAGCAGAGAGAAACGAGAAUGGAGUGGACUGAGGAAGCCCAGGAGGAUUCCCUGCCCGAGUCUGGCUUGGGCACUGUGAUGCAGGCUCUACCUGAGGAGAGGAGAGUGGGGACGGGGUGGGGGCUCUGGAGCCUGCAGGACCUGCUGGAUGGAGCAUCUGAAAACUGCCCCCCAGCCCUCCCGUGGGCGGAGGGGAGAGGGCUGAGGAUGAGUCAGUCCCAGGGACUGAGGGAGGGCAGAGAGUAGCUGGAUGCUCCAGUAAGGAAGAAAUGGCUGAGCACGGGACAGAACCCAGGCUUCCUGGCUGCCGCCGCCUUUGUCCCCUUCAUACAUCACCCCACACACAGUGUUUAAAAAGAUCCGAGAAGAAGAAACACAGACAUCCUGGAUCCUGCAGGCCAGGGCUGGGAACAGAAGGUCUGUUUAUUUCUGGCAGUCCGAUAUCCAAGGGGCCCCCCCGACUUGUGUCCCGACGCCCGGCUGAACUCUCUCAGAGCCUCUGACUUUUGCCCGACCAGACAGCGUGGGCCUGAGGGCCGUCCACUGGAGCCCAGCAUCCUCCCGCCCACCAGCUCCCUGGAGGAUGGCUUUGAGACUGGAUGCUUUCCUCUUCCCACUUUUUGUCCCAACAGAAGUCCUGCCCCUCCGGGAAUCCUGACUGCUGUGCAGGGUUGGCCGAGCCAGACCCCUCAGGCCUCCAGCCCUUCAGGCCCAGGUCUCCCCCAGAAAGUGCAGAAGUCCCCUUGCUCCAUCUUUGUGCUCUGCAGCGAGGAAGUUCUCCCUAAUGUCUUACCUCCAGCUUUCUUGCUGUAGUCGUUAGCCUGUUCCCUCCCAUUUCAGGCCUCAAGGAAGUGUAACUGGCUUCUCUCCCUCACCCCAAAGCCACAUUUGAUACAAGAUGGAAUUUGGGGCACCACACCUGGCUCCCCAGCCUUGAACUUGCCCUUCCUCUCACUGUCCCGAGUGUUUAUGUGCCAAGUGCUGAUCUAAGUCUUUAUCACCCGUUAUCUCAUUUAAUCUCACAAUAGGUGAGCACAAUAUGAGCCCCAUUUUACUUUCUGAUUCCACCCUGGCUCCUCCUCUCAGUCAUCAUGGAGUGAGAGGGGAGCUGUUUGUUGACACCCUCCCCCAUCAGCGGUCAGGAACUGGGGUACAUGCAGUUACACGUUAUGCAACCGUAUUCCCCGCGACCACCCUCAGAAGUGCUUUUCCUCGUUCCCAUUUUAUGAUGGGAAAAUUGAGGUCCAGAGGUGGCUUGCCCAAUGUCGCACCUCCAGAGCCAGAACCUGAUUCACAGUAGUUGAGAAAAGUGUAGAAUGAGCCCAGAUUCUGGAAGGCAAGGCUGGCUUUAUAAGCUGAAAGGCCCACCAGGUGAUGGGAUGGGAGCUGUGAAGAUCGGCAGGCUCCAGCACCACCCCCCACCCCCGACCCCGGCCACCGCUGUCACACACACACUGCUCUACUGCAGGCUGGCUGAAUUAUGGAGCUGAGCUGGCCAUGCUGUCUGCUGGCUGGCCACUCCAGAGGUUUAAGGCUCAUAAAAUGUAAAUGUGUAAGUGAGGUGGGGGGUGGGGAGGAGUAGACAACAUCGUUAUUAUCCAUUAACUGGAAUGCAUUUCUCAGAUCAGCUAGGCAGGAGCAGGCCAGAGGGCUUCAGCUGGCUGACCUGAGGCUGAGGAUCCAACACCUAGGUGGCAGGCUAUGACAGGUGGCUGGAGAGGGCCGACACUGUAGAGCAGGAUAGGGAGGGGGCACUGGAGGAGGGAGAGGAAGGCCUCCCAGUUGCUGCAGUUCAGCCUGUGCCAGGUCCCACCCCCCAGAGGCGGGGCCAGGGCAAAGCCCAGCCCACCUCAGCUCCACCCCUCCGAGAACCCAGGCGGGGCAGAGCCUGGGCAGCUGAGAGCCCUGGUCCCUGCUGUCCCCGCAGAGUGGAGGCACCGUGCUCUCACCGGCCAGGACACCGGACGUCUUCAGAAGCCCUGCAGGGCUGGCUGCAGCAACUCCCUGAAACUCAGAGGAAGCGCCCAGGCUGGGCAGCAAGACCUGGCUCGAACAGCCAUGCAUGCCGGCUGCUGCUCCAGGCUUCCCCUGCCCCCAGGCCCAAGAUGACACCCAACGGCACCAGGGAGGCGCCCAGCCCCAUUCCUGUGGGGGCCCUGGGGCUCUUCCUGGCCCUGGCAAGUCUCAUCGUUGCUGCCAACCUGCUCCUGGCCCUGGGCAUCGCCAAGGACCGCCGCCUGCGCAGCCCGCCGGCCGGCUGCUUCUUCCUGAGCCUGCUGCUGGCCGGGCUGCUCACGGGGCUGGCGCUGCCCACACUGCCAGGCCUGUGGAGCCAGAGCCGCCGCGGCUACUGGUCCUGCCUAUUCCUCUACUUGGCUCCCAACUUCUCCUUCCUCUCCCUGCUCGCCAACCUCCUGCUGGUGCACGGGGAGCGCUACAUGGCGGUGCUGCGGCCUCUCCGGCCCCGCGGGAGCCCUCGGCUAGCCCUGCUCCUCACCUGGGCCAGCCCUCUGCUCGUUGCCAGCCUGCCAGCUCUGGGGUGGAACCACUGGGCCCCUGGGGCCAACUGCAGCUCCCAGGCUGUCUUCCCAGCCCCCUACCUCUACCUCGAAGUCUACGGGCUCCUACUGCCCGCCGUGGGGGCAGUGGUCCUGCUCUCCGCCCGCGUGUUGCUCACAGCCCACCGCCAGCUGCAGGACAUCCGCCGGCUGGAGCGGGCAGUGUGUCGCGGAGCACCCUCGGCCCUGGCCCGGGCCCUGACCUGGAGGCAGGCGAGGGCCCAGGCCGGAGCCACACUGCUCUUCGGGCUGUGCUGGGGCCCCUACGUGGCCACCCAGCUCCUCUCGGUCCUGGCCUUUGAGCACCGCCCACCACUGGGGGCUGGAACUCUGCUGUCCCUCAUCUCACUGGGCAGCGCCAGUGCGGCAGCCGUGCCUGUGGCCAUGGGGCUGGGGGACCAGCGCUACACGGCCCCCUGGAGGGCAGCCGCCCGAAGGUGGCUGCGGGCCCUGCAGGGAAGAGUGUCCGGGGACAGUCCUGGCCCCGCCACUGCCUACCACACCAGCAGCCAAAGCAGCGUGGAACCCAACCUGAACUAGCCGAGGGUCUCUGCUCACUCCUGGAAGCCUCCAUCCAUCUUGGCCACCAAGCCCGUCCAGGCCUCUGGAUCAGAGGUCCUACCCCUACCUGACCCCACCCUGGCCGAAUAAAGCUCCUCUGACAGAGGAAGGGCUGUCUCUUUCUGUAACUCAGAAAGGCAGAGGCAGGUGGAACAGCUGUGGAAAGAACCCAAAAGAGCCAUGUUUCAGGAAAAUUCCAACUGCAGACAGGCAAGAGAUUGGAGGUGAGGACCAACUACCCCACGAGAGAGGGUAAGCUAUCCCGAAAGCCAGCAGAUGGCGGGGGCGGGCCUCAGCCUGACUCGCCCCUCACGGUUCCUCCUGUCCCGCCAACACAAACUCCACACAGGCGCUGUCUCUGGGAAGUAUAUUUUAUUUACAUUUUUAAAAUCUGUAACUAGUAUCUCUUCCUCCUUUCCACCCCCAGAGACUCGGGAAGGGAAAGAACGGGCACCUCAGAGA